AUGUACGAUGAGCGCGAUCAGGGUCGGCCAAAUUUUACCAAAUUAGCAGAGUUGUUCAGUCACGAAAGUAGUUACUUUUCCAAGGUGUUCGUCCUGAUAGAUGCUCUGGAUGAGACUUCAGAGCAUGAAGACAUUAGAAGGCUUCUGCUAUCGGAGCUUCAAAGACUACCGAUAAAUCUGCUGGUAACGUCACGGUACGAAAAGUCGAUCGAGCAACGGCUCGAGAAAGCCGAGCGUCUGGAUAUAUGGGCCAUGGCUGCGGAUGUUCAAACCUACGUAAAAGCUCGAAUCCCAUCUGAAACCUUACUCGCACGGCAUAUCCAAGCAGAUCCAAGCUUGGAGAAGACUAUUGUGGAUAAGAUAGUGGAAAAGUCGCAAGGGAUGUUCAUUAUGGCUAGAUUCCACAUGGAUUCCCUUGUGACUAAGACCAAGCGUAAAGAUGUUCGCAAAGCCCUGGAAAGCCUGCCACCAGAACUGGAUGGGAUAUAUGAGCAGACGAUUGAACGGAUUGAAGGCCAAGGCAAGGAUUACUCAGAACUGGCCAAACGAGUCUUCCUCUGGGUCGCAAAUGCCCAUCGGCCACUGUCGCCGGUCGAGCUGCAACACGCGGUUGCUGUCCAGCCUGGUAUGACCGAGCUAGACGACGAAGAUCUAGACGACCAAGACCUGUUGGUCUCAGUCUGCGCCGGUCUUGUAGUUCUGGAUGCAGAGACUCAUACACUUCGCUUCACCCAUUACACCACGCAGGAGUACUUCGACCGCAAAGGAGAGAGCCUUUUCGGGGAUGCCCACGCUCACAUCGCAACGACCUGUGUAACAUAUCUGGAUUUUGUAGACUCGCCCUUGGACGAUGACGGGUUACAAAUAGCCGGCCAUGGUCCUUUUGUCAAACUCAGAGAACUGUCCAGUCACUACCGCCUGAUGCGCUACGCAAGCACAGAAUGGGCAGAUCAUGCUCGAAGAACAGCAAAUGCACUUGCUGUAGAUACAGUGAUAAAUUUCUUGAAUAAACCAAACCACGUGAUUAUAGAUGAUAGUCUCGAAUACCGUGGCAAUAUCUCCGAGAACAAUCCUAGUGAUGAUCUAUCGCUUCGACCUUCAGCUCUACACAUAGCCGCCAUAUAUGGAUUACAAUACGUGGCGCAAGAACUACUCGAUGAGGGCGCUCCACCAGAAUGUCGCGACUUCUAUGGACGAAGCCCUUUGUAUUUCGCGGCCAUGUUUGGUGAACCGCGCAUUGUGGAAAUGCUGGUAGCGAGAGAUGACGUCAAUAUCAAUACUCAAACGAAUCUGCCUUGGUCAUGGACACCUCUAAUUGUGGCAGUAUCUCACAACCGAUUGGAGAUCGUACGAGCCCUGCUGCAAGGCGGAGCUGAUGUGAGCCUUCGUUCAAAGGAUGGUACAGCAUUGACUCUCGCGAUCCGGAACGGGGAUGUAGCCAGUACCAAGCUUUUGCUUGAAGCUGGAGCCAGCCCUGAUACUCGAGAUGAGAACAACAAUCCUAUGAUAUUCAUGGUAUUUCAAGGGGCCAACUUUUGGUCGGGUACAGACGGGAUGUCUCCCUCAGUACUACUCAUGGAGCUCCUGCAAAAACACGGGUCUGAUCUCAAAGCCAAAGACAAAUCACAAAGGACCCUUCUGCACAUGGCAGCCGAGCAAGGCGAUUUCAAAGCUGCACAAGUGCUACUUGCUAAAGGCCUUGAUCGCAAAGCUGUCGACCUCGACGGUCAAACGCCACUGGAUAAAGCUCUCGGCUGCAGACCACCGACUUAUAUCCAUAAAACUGCUCACUAUAAAUUCGAGGCAUGGCGUGCUACCAUCGUGGAAUUACUAUCCGAAAAGGAGUCAGGGGUUGAUAGUACUGACGGUUCUGGUGACGCCCCAACAGCGAGCUCGCAAUGA